AUGGCAAAUCGGUCAUAUCAGACAGCCAGCCUUCGGAAUCCUUCUUCUAGAGCAGGUCAAAAUCCGCCCUCAACUCAAUUUCCAAGAGCUAGUCAGCCAACUUCAUACAAUAAAGAGACAGAAUACUCUAUCCCAAGUGCAGCAAAUCAAAGAAAAAGUGAUAUUGGGGCACAAAACAACAGACCAGCCAAUACUGCGAACCCUUAUCAAACUGCUUUACCAUCUUAUCAAAUGCAAUCUUUGAGACCAAGUUCACAGCGUGAAGUCUAUCAUCCUGACAACCAAGGCUCACAAUUUACUCAGGAGUAUGACGAGGUAAAACACCUGGCCUCAAGACUAGCAGGUAAUAAGCCCUUCCCAUUGCAUAAUCCACAUCAGAUACCGCUAUCAAUACCAAAAGCAUCCCCACUUUUAGAACCUAAUCUAUUUGAAAAUAAAAACAUGCCAAGCCAAGACAACUUUAAAGAACAAUCUUCUAGGCCAUGAACUCAGGCAAACUCGAGCAGAGAGAAAUUAGGAAAUGAAGAAAUGGGAAAUUUUAGCUCAAAAGAAGUUGAUAAUCAGCAGCCAGCUGCACAAAAUCCAAGCUCUUAUAUGAAUAUCAAGAGCCAAGGCGCAUUAAUGAGAGAAAAGGGUAUUCCUUCAAAUUUUCUGCCUUUCACUAAAAACCCAAUGCCAGGGACUUCAAACCAACAAAUUACACCGCAAGGGAUUCAGCCAAUGGUCAGCCCACAGCCAAUUUCAGCAAAUCAGCAUUUUAUAGAAUCAUAUAAUGAUUCUAGUGCAGCUAAUCCAAUACCUGAACCAGAUAUAAGCAUACCUGUUCAAAGUAAGGCUGAGAAGGUAUUUAAUCCAAAUUUACAGCCAGGUGGCGUUCAACAAUUAUAUAGGCCAAAUUUUCAGCAGAAAGAAAGCAAUGGGCCAGUUUCUGUGCUGAAUGGACAAUCAUCUGAGCUUAAUCCUUCAAUUUCUCAGCCAAAAGCCCAACAGAUUGUUCCUAAACAACAAUUUUCAGUUAUGAAUGCCCAGCCAAGUGGAAAUAAUGUGCAAUAUAUAAUACCAAAUAGAGCUAAUGGUGAAAACAAUAAACCAAGAUUGCAAGGAAGUAUAAAACAAGUUGUGGUAAGUAGGGAAUCUAUGCCUAAAUUUAUAGAGCCAAAUUCAAUUAACAAGCCCUUGCCAACUCCAAUGAAUCAGCAAUCAUCCUCCCCUAUCAAUCAGCCAUUUCCAUCUCAAAUUAAUCAGCCAACAUCAUCCCCUAUCAAUCAACCAUUUGCCUCUCAAAUCAAUCAGCCAAUAUCCUCACCUAUCAAUCAGCCUAUUACUUCUCAAAUUGAUCAGCCACCAUCCUCUCAGAUUGGUCAGGCUUUUUUGCCUCCACGCAGCCCGCCUCCAUACUUCCAAAAUAAUCAGCCCUUCUCCACUCCAUCUAAUCAGCCCCUUUCUCCUCCAAUUAAUCAGCCCUUCUCCACUCCAUCUAAUCAGCCCCUUUCUCCUCCAAUUAAUCAGCCCUUUUCUGUUUCAACUACUCAGGUAAUUUCCCCCUCAAAUAUUCUUAUCUUAUAUUAGUCGGUGUUUAAGGUGUCUAGUGCCACACCCUAGUAAAUAGGGAUUUAGCUAAACUAGUGAUGUCACAGAGCUAUCUUGGAAUCGCGGUGGUCAGCCCGCCGGCCAAGCCUUCUAUCGACGCUUCGCUUCCAGUCGCCGCACAUCUCUCCUGGCGCGUUGCCGUUGCCUUCCCUUGACUCAGCUCCUGCGCGUGUUCCACCUAAGAGUCAUCCUCCCAUGGGGAUGUGUUGAGAGGCAAAACUCUGAGCGUCUUGAGUGCACUGAGGAGCUAUUCCUUUGGUUAUCCCCAAAGUUAAACAGUUAUUGCUGUGCAGAAGUUCUCGAGAGAAAAACCAGCCCAUAUAUAAAAUUGCUUGAGGAGAAGAAAAAAUUGGCAGAGCCAAUUUCGCUCGAACCGAAUGCCAUUUUAUUUAUCCCACUCAAAUAUUCAGAAUUUUGGCUCUCAAAUCAAUCAGCCAUUUUCCACUCCAAAUUCUCAGCCAAUAAAAAUAAAUCCUUCAUUUUCUGGUCAAAAUCCUCAAAUGAGUUCUAUCAAUCCGCCAUUUUCCUCUUCAAUUAAUCUCAAUCAGCAAUCCUCAGCACAAAAUACCCAGUCAGGUAUGAAUAAUCCAAUUACAUCAUUGCCAAAGCCUCCUAGCUAUGUGCCAGCCCAAAAUAGUCCAUAUGAACAAUCUUCGCUAUCAAACAAUCCAUAUAGCUCACCUUCUCCCUAUCAAUUACAAAGCAGCCAUGAAAUUGCAAAUAGUAAUCAAAUCAAGCAGCCUCAAGCGCCUUUAUUCUUGCCUCCAGCACCAAGCAAUCCAAAUCAGGUCCCACACUUUUUACCAAAUAAUCCUCUUAUAAAUAAGCCUCCAAGUGGCAAUCCAAUGAGCAAUCAAGGAUUCCUACCACCAAAUAAUGGCUCUGCGAUCAACCCUGGUUUCCAAACAUCAGGUCCUAUGGGAAAUCCUGGCUUUCAACAACCAAAUAAUUAUAAAAUUAGCAAUCCUGGUUUCCAACAGCCAAGCAGCAAUCCUGGUUUCCAGCAAUCAGGCAGCAAUCCUGGUUUCCAGCAAUCAGGCAGCAAUCCUGGUUUCCAACAACCAAGCAGCAAUCCUGGUUUCCAGCAACCAAUUAGUAAUCGAAUGAACUUCCAACCAGCAAGUAGCAAUUCAAUGAGCAUCCAACAGCCAGGUAGCAAUCCAAUGGGUUUCCAAUCAGCAAAUAAUAACCCAAUGGGCUUUCAGUCUCAAAAAAAUGCUCCUAUGGGCAACCCUGGCUUUUCAAUCCCCUCCAACCCCAGCAUCCCACAAAAUCAAGCUCCUUCUGAACAAAUUCAGGCUGUUUCAAAAGAUAUUCCUUGCCCCAUUGAGACUUUUUCCAAAAUCAAUCCAGGGAGUUCCCUAAAAACUCGACUUAAGCAAGAAUAUUCUGUUGAAUUAUUUUAUGGUGGCUCCAAUAUUCGGAUUGUAGGCCUGCCUCAAAAUGUAGAACUCGCAGCAGCCUGCAUUUCUCAAAGACUUGAACAAUUAUCCUCUUCAAGAAAUAUUAAAUGGACUUUUAUGAAAGACGAUGGAAAAUUUGAGCCUUAUUCUGAUAUUAUCUGUACUGUUAUAGAAAAUGCAUAUGCUAGGGGAGCAAAAGAUGUAGUAAUUGAUAUUGACAGAAGAAAAUAUAAAAUCAUUUUUGGCAACCCUCAUAGGCAAGUCCUGCCAAAUUCCAAUAUAAGUAGAACUGUAAGGAGGAAUGAUGGAAGUGAAGAGGAAAUAGUCAAUAAACAAUUAAGUGAAAAUGAAGUCAUAUGGUAUUGGCAAGAUGAUAAUAGAAGAGGUUGGAAGCCAUAUACGAAGGAAGCGAGCAGACAAAUAGAAGCAGCUUAUAGCAAUGGAGAAAAGAAAGUUUUAGUGCAGGGUUUAAAUGUAAAAGCGUAUUUAAUUGACUUGGUGAAGUAUGAACAGUACAAUGAGCAAACAAGAUUUAAUCGAAAAGUAAGACGAGGAGAACCUUAA